AAAUAGGAAACAGCACCAUUGCCGCCAAGAACCUUCGUGCGCCUCUUCUCCUUUUUCUUUUGAACAACACUGCCUUUUUUCAGACAACACAGCCUAAAGGUGGCGAGUCAGUUCGCUUUUCUUCCUCUCACUUCACGCCAUUGCCAUCGCCAUCGCAGCGUUCACCUUAGUUAGCCAGCGGAUGUCAACCCUCACGUCGGACUCCGUUGCGUCCCCGAGGUGGGGCGUCCCCUUCUGCGGCCGCUCCGGCAUCGAACCGCGCACACGCCGCCGCCCGCCAUCGUCCCGGCGCGGCGGCUGCGGGUGGCCGCUGGACCGCGUGGCCGGGUGGGUCGGCGGCGGCAUCGCAGCGGUGUUCUUCGCGUCCCUGGAGCGGUGCUCGUGCGUCAACGUGCGCACGCACGACGACUUCCUCGACGACGAGCAGAGGGACUCCGAGGCGCCGCUCAUGUUCGACGAGGGCAACGGCAUCAGCAUCGGCAAAUCCACUGCCGGCGCCGCCGACGUGAGGAGGAGCCGACUAGGCAGGAGGAGCGACAAGGGCACGAGGAGUGGUGGCACGAGAUUUUAUGGGGACUUUUAAUGUAUGAUAAAUCUGUGGUUUAAGUUCUUGUCCUUGUUUCUUAAGCUUCUGCAUACUAUUUUAAGUUAAUCUAAUUUUGAUCUUGUAAGGUAUCUCAUCUUUUUAUGUUUGAUUAAGUGUGUAUAUGAA